AUGACAAACAUAUUUUUUGUACGAAGAGGUUCAUACGGAAAUGUUUAUAGUGUUAAUUGUGAAGUCUACAAUCGUGUUUUCGCUUUGAAAUCUUUUGUUGAUAGUAACAAUAAACAAACUAUUAGAAAAAUUUUAAAAGAGAUUUUAAUUCGUUUUUUUUAUGUAAUAAAGCAUGGAAAGAAUAUACUUAUACAUCAGAAAAAUAUUAAAUUAGCAGACUUUGGUUUAUCAAAAAAAAUUUCUGAAGCAUCAAGUAAUACUUCAGUACUUGGCGUAAUACCUUAUGUGGACCCAAAAAGUUUUGAUGAUAAAGAAAAAUAUAAAUUAAAUAAAAAAUCUGAUGUAUAUAGUGUUGGAGUUUUAUUAUGGCAAAUUUCAAGUGGACAUAUACCUUUCCAUGAAGAUGAUUAUGGUCCAAGAUUAAUGUUAUCAAUAUUAAAUGGUAGAAGAGAAAAAAUUAUUGACGGAACUCCUGUUAAAUAUAGUAACUUAUAUACAGAAUGUUGGAGAGAUGAACCGAAUAAACGUCCAAAUAUACAGGAAAUUACUUCAACUCUUAAAUCAAUAAACUCUCUUAUUGAAAUAGAUGCGAUAAUUGACCACAUUGAUCGAAAAAAAGAAACCCAUUCAACGGAAGUUGAAAUAGAUCCGGAAUUAAGCAAAAAAACUAUAGAUUUGAAUAAUGAAAUGCAAAUAAUACCAAAUGAUGGACUAAAUAUAUCAUCCGAUUCAAACAAGGAAAUCAGAGGUUCAACUAAUGAAAUAAUAUCAAAAGGUGAAUCAAACAAUAUAAUGAAAUAUGAAAAUAGAAUGACUCCGAGUGAAAGUCCAUCAAAUGCAAGUACAUCAGAACAAAUAAGAUAA